AUGGAAAUUUUGGCGAUGAAGAAUAAUUUCGAUUACACUGUUAUCAAAUCCACGAGAAAAUGGUGGUAUAUUCGAUGUAAGGAUGCAUUGUGCAACUGGACUGUGCGUGCAGAAGGAAUAGAUGGGUCUACAUAUUUCAUGAUCAACCAAUGUGAUGGAAGACAUUCAUGUGCUCCUUCAAAGAAAAGGAAAUUCGGAAAAACAGCAUCUGCAAGAACAAUUGGGACUCUGAUACAACAUCGAUUUGAUGAUGCAAACGAUGGCCCAAAACCGAAUGACAUCAUUCAAUUUAUGAGAAUGGAGCAUAGUUGUGAGAUUACUUAUUGGCACGCUUGGGAAGCUCGUGAGUUUGCUAUUGCAGCUGCUAGAGGUAUACCAGAUCGCAGUUACUCUAAAAUACCAGCAUAUUUGCAUAUGAUUAAAGAAGCAAAUCCUGGUACGCAUACUCACUACGAAACUAAUGAGAAGGGAAGAUUCAUGUAUCUAUUUAUGUCAUUUGGGCAAUCAGUUAGAGGAUUCUACAAUGCAAUGCGAAGGGUGAUUGUCGUUGACGGAACUUUUCUGAAAAAUAAAUACAAAGGGACACUUCUUGUUGCUACUGCUGUAGAUGGUAACUCUAAUUUGUAUCCGAUUGCAUUUGGGGUUGUUGAUUCAGAGAAUGACGAUUCAUGGGGGUGGUUCUUCAGACAGUUGAAAGUGGUUAUUGCUGAUUGUCAAGAUCUAGCUUUUGUCUCAGAUAGAAAUGCGUCUAUUUCUAAAGCUAUUGGGACUGUCUACCCUCGAUCAGCACAUGGAAUUUGCAUUCAUCACUUAUUGACCAAUGUGGUCUCAUUUUUCAAGACAAAAGGAUUGACUGCGUUGGUGGAAAAGGCUUCACGGGCAUAUAGGUACACUGAAUUUCAAGAACGUAUCACCGAAAUUUUGAUAUGA